AUGAGCGCAAAAUGGCAACGCCGAACUGAUCUAGCGGUACCAUUACAGAUGAUCAGAAAACCGCGGUGUAGCUACAAAAGUGCUACAAUUGCGAAACUGAAAGGCUUGCACAACGAUGGAAUAGAAGAUGCCCUGGGCUAUGCUGACAGCAACUAUAUCACGCAUCCGGAGGUCAUUGCUCAUUAUCGUCACGUAAGCCGUAGGCUUGAUUUCAUAAAAAAUGUUGACGGGCUGUUCUUAAGAUUACUUUAA